ACCACCGGCAGAAGAGACUGCCAAUGAGCUCCACCGAGUAGCAGAGGGGCAGGGCUAGCUCUUAAAGGAACCGCGACCUCUCCGCAGACCGGAGGGUGACCCGGAUGAUGGCGGCCAGCGCGGCCCUAGCCUUGGCUCUCUGGUUACUACUGCCGCCGGUGGGGGUUGGGGGGGCAGGGCCCCCGCCGAUCCAGGACGGCGAGUUCACGUUCCUGCUGCCUGCGGGGAGGAAGCAAUGUUUCUACCAGUCUGCGCCGGCCAACGCAAGCCUCGAGACCGAGUACCAGGUGAUCGGAGGUGCUGGACUGGACGUGGAUUUCACACUCGAGAGCCCUCAGGGCGUGCUGCUGGUCAGCGAGUCCCGCAAGGCAGAUGGGGUACACACGGUGGAGCCCACGGAGGCUGGGGACUACAAGCUGUGCUUUGACAACUCCUUCAGCACAAUUUCUGAGAAGCUGGUGUUCUUCGAACUCAUCUUUGACAGCCUGCAGGAUGACGAGGAGGUCGAGGGCUGGGCGGAGGCUGUGGAACCUGAAGAGAUGCUGGAUGUCAAGAUGGAGGACAUCAAGGAGUCCAUCGAAACCAUGAAGACCCGGUUGGAGCGUAGCAUCCAGAUGCUGACGCUCCUGCGGGCCUUUGAGGCACGUGACCGCAACCUGCAGGAGGGCAACCUGGAGCGGGUCAACUUCUGGUCCGCGGUGAACGUGGCCGUGCUGCUGCUGGUGGCUGUGCUCCAGGUCUGCACGCUCAAGCGCUUCUUCCAGGACAAGCGCCCUGUGCCCACGUAGCCCCAGAAGGAAGAACAGGGAAAGGAGGGGCAGCAGGGCACAUGUGUGUGAGAUCUGGGGUCCGUUCCCCCAACUGCUUCCUAUGGGAGGGAAGGCCACGCAGUCAGAGCCCGAGGUGUGGCCCUCGUGUGUCUCUUCCCUGCCAGGAGCCAGGCGAGAAACCCUUGUUGGCUUGGCUGACAGGCCUGGGCCCUCCAGGAGGGACAGCUCAGUGGCUGCACCUGCUUUCCUGGGAAUUAUGCAUGGAGGGGACGGCACUGCAGCAUUUGAACGCGACCCUUGGAUCUUCUGGCCCCUUUCUGUGUCCCCUCCGGUAAUGCGUGUGCCUUAGCCCGAGGCCCAGCCUGCACUGGCACAGCUCGGUGUGGGAUGGGGGCCAGGAAGCAAGCUUGCCCUUCCCUUCCCUCCUGGCCUUCUGAGGCAGGAGACGGCGGGAGGGGGCUUGCUGCUUGUGGGACCCCACACAUUCCUCUGUCUCCCUGUCGCCCUACCAGAGGCCUGUUGCUGCUGCUGGGGGCAGCUCCUGGGCGGGGGCCGGCCUGCUGAUGCCAGAGGCCGGGAAGGAGACACAGCUACAGUGUUCUUGCCAGGAGAGUCACUUUAUUGAGAGGAAGGAGCCCAGCCCCUCAGCCCAGCGCCGGGUGGGCUUGCUGUGGGGUCUCGUACCAGAACUCCAGGAGUGGGGGGGGCUGCAUGGCCACCUGCCCCUCCUGCUCUCUCUGCAGAGGCCCCAGGCAGGGCUGAGGGGUGGCCCAGGCAAAGCUUUUGCACAGGAGCUUCACAGAACAAAGAGUGGUCUGGCCUGGGCACUGGAGUCAAUAAAUUAUGGUCAGAAAAUCA